UAUCAUUUCUUUUAGUUCGUCUACCCCUGAUCACAACGUCCGACAGCCAAGUGAGAUUUGAGAUACUCUUCCGUUUUGGACAACAUGUCCAACAAUCCAAGUGAUCUCCUGAAAACCAUUAACGAUAAUGUGGGACGGCUCAAGAAAUUGCUGGCUCAGGAAAGUGAAACUGCACAAAAGCUGAUCAAAGACAUGCUGGACAAUCUCGGCAAAAUUCUGGAAACUCAUGAUGAUGGGCGUGGCGGACAUAGUCGCGUCCCUUACAGUCACAAUCAAGCCCCUGAGGGAGUUCCGAAAGCUGUGAGAAAGCUUGAAAUUCGGCUGAGAGAACUGAUCAAUAUUAUCAACUUGCUGGCCCCAAAACAGACACAGCUGGAAGUUGCUCUCGAAACUCUGAAUAGGCGCCUCUGAAGAAGUGUCCAUUAGAUCAUAAUAUGAUCACUAGACAUGACCAUCUCCAUAUAAUAUAAUAUAAUAUAAUAUAUUAAUAAAUAAUGAAUAGAUGGUCAUUAGAUCACUUUGAUCAUAUGUACUAACGAAGUCUGUAUCAUCUAUAUAUGUUUGUUAAUGCUUGGCGUCGCACUCUGUACGUACGUACGUACGUACUAGCUAGUUUGGUAA